AUGAGUUUAAGCGAGUUCUAUUUGGCUUGUCGUACGGGUGAUCUGGGCACUAUUCAACGUCUGCUUCCCACUUUGUCUUUGGAUGCUCUCAACCGUAUUGAACCAAAUGGAAGUACAGCUUUACAUGCUGCAUGUCACUAUGGACACAUAGACGUCGUUCGAUUACUCUUGGAAAAAGGAGCUCAAAGGCGGUUGUUGAAUAAGUUUAAUCUAAUUCCUGUUGACGAAGCUCAAUCACGUGAAAUGAAACAGCUGUUCGAUCGACCGACAACUGCCGCAACACAACGAUUUGUUGGCGAAACCCCUCAAGUCGAAUGGUCCAAAGCAGGUCUACACUCUGCCUAUACAGCUUUCGGAAACUGGGAUAAUCCUGUCGAAUUCGAGAAUAUCCAGAUGGCUUCUGAUGAAAUAAGCAAUGCACAAGAACUUAGUGAUGCCGCGGGAAUGGAUCAAAUUCAGUAUUUCUUGAACAUGGCUGUCGAAACUUCAGACUAUACGUAUUUUAUACGAGCAUACACAGCUGAAACGGAUUUCUAUAAACGAUUAAAUCGUUUGCAUGCUCAAACAAAGCUUGGUUACACCGAAGUGGACAGAAACAAAUGGUUCAUCAAGUUUGCGACAGUACUUAAAGGUAAUUGGCAUAUGAGAAAGUAUUGGUGGACUGGAAUGUGUUUUCGUGGAAUAGCAACAUUAUUAAAACACCAUCAAAUUUAUAAAUUAGAAAAAUUAAGUAAACUUAUGUUUAAUGAAUUAAAUUUGAAGUCAAGAGUGUCUGAUAGUUUAACAGAAACAAGAAAAGUUGAUGAUGACAUGAGUUCAGAAUCAGAUGAUUAUGAAUAUGAAAAUAAGGAUGAUGAAGACAACGAUUAUAAUAAUAGUAGUGAUGAAGAUGAGGAUGCUGCACCUGAUAAUGAAGAAAAUGUUAAACGUGUUCAAUGUAUAAAAACAAUAUUUUUUUGGAACAUGUAUCAAAGAUACAAUUAA